UUUUCCACAUCAUCUUCGCUCAAUACACGAAAGGCUGGAUCCUCCUUGGUGACAAUUCCGAUUUCCACUUCAGACGGCUUAAAAUCAACGGCCAACACAGUCGACAAGCAGGCAAUGGCCAAUUGAAUGGCCUCGUCUUCGCUGAAAUCGGUGCGUUUCUUCAAUUUCUUCUCCAAGUAAAUGUUCGCCUCGGUCUGUUUGACACCAACGGAAAUAGCACGAAAACCGCAGUAAUAUCCAGCCGGAUCGGUUUUGUACACACAUUCGAUGGGAAUGUCGGUGCCGAAUUUGUAUCACCAAUUGGCGGCCUCGUAUCGGCCACGUUGAACUUGAGAUCUACUGUCGGCUGUAGAGAAGAGAUGAAUUACGGUACGGCAGCCGAGAAAUGAACGCAAAGCCGACUCUCUUAGCAAUUCUACCGGUCAUCGCGCAACCGAUGUUCUUUGUGAUCCGGUAUAAAUGAGACACCGUCGACGCAUCGAUUUAUUUUCCUGACACUUUCCUUUGUGUCGCCACGACGGCCACAUUGGCUCUCUUCAACGCUCCCUGUUCAAUCCCUUGGAUAGAAUGUAACUGGUGUAUCUUUCGUUGCAUAUUAAGUGUGCCAUAUGCUGGAUAGCAUGUCGCCGAAAAUAUCUCCGCCCGGCAAAUUCAAUGACAUGAACCAAAGGAAAAAUUUUCACCUGCAAGCCGUACAUGAAAUACUGACCUCGGAGCGCAGUUACAUCAAUCAACUGCAGAUGUUGAUGAAGUAAUUCGUUAAUCCGCUGAAGGAGCAGGACGUGUUGAGCGUAGAGGAAUUCAAUGUUCUGUUCGGUCAAAUCGAAAUGAUUUACAAUUUGAUCACGGAACUGUUGAAGAGCUUGGAAAGCGAUUUGAGCAAAGUGGGGAAGGCAUUUCUGAGACUGGCGCCGUUUUUCACAUUGUAUUUCGUCUAUGCAUUCGACUACAAUCGAGCACAAAUUGUUUUGCAGGAGCUAACCGAGAAGAACCAGCGGUUCCGUUAGUUCUUGGAACAAACUGAAUCUCGGCCCGAAGUUCAGACGAAAUUGAUGUCACUGUUGAUAGCGCCAAUUCAGCGGGUUCCCAGAUAUCGACUGCUGCUGCAACAGGUCAUCUUAUAUUCCAGUCCGGUCGAUGACUUUGACUUCAAGAUAUUCCAAGAUUCCUUCAAGGAGGUGGAAAGCACGGUGUCCCACAUGAAUUCUGUCGUCCAGGAGCAGGAAGUCACCCAAAUGAUGAUAAACUUACAAAAUUCGCUGUUCGAUCAAGUUCCGAAAAUUAUCAAGCCUAGUGAGUGGAUGCUGACUGUGCGAUCAUGGACUCGCUUUCCAAUUCCCAUUUUUUCGUCCUACCCACACAGGUCGCAAAAUACGACUCUAAUAAUAAUAUUUGGAGUACAGCAAGAAUUUAGCUUAUGGCUUUCCACCUUAAUUUUAACGUUAGUGUGUUAUGGUGAUAGCGAGCGAGACGACGAAAGGAAAACUUAACAAAACUUAACUUAAAACUAAAAAUUAUAAUUGCCAGACUUAACUAAAUAAACUGGAGGAUUGUGAGUGGAAGGGACGGGAGGAGAGGGAUUUCAUGGCACCAUGAUUGAGCGACUAGCACGAUUGUGACGAGAGAUACACUAAAAACAGGCCAGAGACAUUAGACUUAAGUAAACAGGCUGGAGAUCGUCGGAUUUUACACUCUUUAUUAAGUAAAAGAAAAAUUGAAAAAUAUUACUCAAAAUUCAAUUUUUCACAAACUUCACUUCUCAACAAAAUAAUUAAUUCGAAGCUACUGUGUACUGUUUCAUACAAAGAUGGUAAUACCCGAAAGAAUUCUUUCUUCAAAAUGAAAUUCACAAAAUUGAACUCUCUUUGAGAGAUUUAAUUGGACUUUAAUUGGAUUUAAAAUAAAAAAUUUUAACUUCAAAAUAAUUGUUUUAAAGUUUUUACUUCACGAUUUGG